UUUUACAAAAUGUUCAGACCAAUGGAGCGACUUGGCGAGACAGAGUUACCUGCAGCUGAGUCACUUUUUCGAGAACUCCGCCAUCCCGACCGUGAUGGAACACUACAGGUUUGCCAAGGAGAGGCGGAUCCAAGAGAUCCUCAAGUGGCAGUACUCGGAUAAGGCAAGGGAGGGGGAUACGAACGCACUGCUUGUCAAACUAUUAGAGUUCUAUACGGACUCUCAAUUCGCAGCCCCAAACUUUCGCCAGUUGGCUCUCCUCGCCCGCUCUCCAGAGCCGCUCUUCGUGUAUAAGUUCGAACAGACUGGCGGACCGGAUCUUUAUGGCAACACCCUCAACAUCACAGGGUCUGCCCACGGUUCGGAGUUUCUUUACCUGUUCGGACCUACGUUGAUGCUUAAGCUGGGAGGAAGACGAUUUACACAAGACGAGGACCGUUUCAGCAAACGUAUCAAAAGAUACUGGGCGGACUUCAUCAGGCAAGGGAGCCCAAACGCGCCUGGAUCUUUUGGGUACGGGUUGUCAUGGAAACGAGCGACGCCUGAGGACUAUAACUGCAUGGUGCUUAGGAGUGAACAGCAGCAGCAAGGACAGUCCAUGAGCUGUGAGCUGGGGCAGGAGGAGGCAGGUCUGUGGAACGACCUUCUGCCUCGUCUACAGCAGAUGACAGCUGCAGACACACAGAGCGGCUCAGACACUCGAACCACGGACUCGAGACUCGGCCAGGAUUCGAGCCAGCCCUUUAGAAGUGCGAUGUACACGCUGAUCGGCUUCGUGGCGGUGCUUCUGGUCAUGCUGGUGAUAUGUCUCGUGCUCCUGAAGAAGCACUCAAAAGGACGAGACCGUGACUUUUUCUGACGGCGUGCGGACAGAACUGGGGCAAAACAGAACGACCCGCCACAAGCUUGGCGCUACAACGUUACCACCAACAGACUCUAAGCGGCCAACCUCAAAGGAAGGCCAAUCAGUAACAGGCCGUGAGCGACCAGCUCACGACGAAGGCUGAGCAACGAAUGGGUUCACGACAGAUUCUCCAGGAAGUCUAUUUCAAACAAGACAAACUGCACAGAACUCCUGAUAGACUACCGAUCGCUUAUUCUGACUAUAAACUGAACAGUGGAGGGCCAACUGAAGACUAUUAAUCGCUACGAUGACUGACAAAGAAGUGAUUUGAUAUUUGGCCCAUGCUCCGUAAUUGAUCGGAUACCACUAAGCGACGGAAAGUUGACAUAAUCCAUUUUCAGAAACAGACAAAUUCUUGAACUGAACGAACACUUUGUGAAUAAGAUGUCUUUUCUUAAAAAGACAAGUUUCUACAAAUGAAUGUACAUCCAAAUGGUUAAUAUUAUGGAUGUACAGUUUAUAUUCAGAAACUGAUAUACUGUGCUGUUUGAUAAAAGAAUUCCCCUGUUCUGUCCAUUGUACUACAGAUACGAAUUGCUUCUAGCAAACAUUUCAAAAUGCUACUAUAUUGUAUAUACAUAUGUAAAUAAGCAUCAAUAAAUAUUAACAAUUAAGCUACA